CUCGCCACCGCCCAACCCACCAACAAAGCGUGUGAAAGAAAUUUCUCUGAAAAGAGAAAGGCUGCUUUUUCUUCGAACUUCCCGCCUUAGAGGCUGCUUUUCUUGCAGCUUUGACAAGUUGUGCUUCCUAUAUAUGAGGCGAGGCAUAUUUGAGAGGUAUUAGUCACAAUAUUGCGAUUUUAGAAAGUGAAAAUGGAGAGCUAUAUUUUGAAUGACUUUGAAGUGGAACCAAAGCACUCGUCUGAAGAGGUGCUUCAGAGAUGGAGGAAGCUGUGUGGAUUUGUGAAGAACCCGAAGCGAAGGUUUCGUUUACCGGCCAAUCUCUCGAAGCGUUACGAAGCUCAGGCUAUGCGCCGCACCAACCAGAGAAAAAUGAAUAUGCCUGAGCUACGCCUUCAAUGCUUGUCUCUCAUCCUCUUGGUUGUACUUGUCCCUCAUUUUCGAUCUGAUGCUAGGCCUCUGAAUCCAAACAUGGAGGAAGAGAGGAAGGAAAGGCAAUAUGUAGCCAACAAAGGAGAGAUUCCAGUUGGUGGUCCGCCAGCUAUGUAUUCCCCGCCUUCCCACGUCGGAAACCAUGAGAUGCAUGCAGCUCAGAAGGUUCAUGGUGGUGAAUAUGUUCCACUUCAUAAAGGUCCAGUCCCACCUUCUGCCCCCAGUCCAAGCACACAUGUGCCGUGCUGCCAUUUGCCCUGAAAUAGAGAAGGCAAAGUUAAAACCAUUUAAGAUUGAGGUCCAGUGCGUGCAAUAAAUAAUUUUUUA